GGACACGGACAGCCUGCAACGUGAAGCUGACGCGCUGAGGCAGAGAUGUCGGACUUGGCCGCCGCGCCGGAACAAGUGUGUGGCAGAGCGUUGGGUUGGCAUCACGGUGUCGAUCGGAUCGGUGCCUGCUGCUGCAGCGAUCGGAGAAGCCUGGCCGCCUCAGCCACAGGUCGUCCCGGCCCAGACAGAGCAGAGCCCGGCCGGCCACCCCCCACAAGAACCGGCUCCCGGUUUUGUUUCUGAUUGUCCUGCCCCCAUGCGCGCCUCGCCCCGCCCCGCCCCGUGGUUCCUCCCGCAUGCGCCCAGGCUGAAGGACGUCUUCUUCCCCGGCGAGCCGAUCGGUGAGCGCUAGCUCCCCUCCGCCGCGGCUGCGAGGACGGCAAUGGCGGACAACGCGGUGACGGUGGUGCGCAUCAUCCUCGCCAUCAUCCUCCCGCCGCUCGGCGUCUUCCUCAAGCACGGCAUCAAGGUCGAGUUCUGGAUCUGCCUCAUCCUGUCCUUCUUCGGCUACCUCCCCGGGAUCAUCUACGCCGUCUGGGUCAUCGUGAAGUAAUACCGCCUCGACCGGAUCGCGGGGCACACGCACCGCCGGGUGCAUGUCGAUCGAUCGGAUCAGGCGAGCCAUGGAUCAUGGAUGUGCAUUGUUCUUCCCUAGUUCGUCCGACUUGCAUUGGGAGAGCCCCGUGUGCGACAAGAGUUUUUGGGUGGAUAGGAGGCGUAGAUCGACGAGGUUGGCCAUUGAUGGAUCCGUAGUGAUCCGCCGCAGUUUUAGGCUUUACUAUUAGCUUUUGUUUUGGAUUUGCAGAGAACGACUAGUCAGUCAUGUUCGGUCACGUAUCAGGUUCAGUUUGUACAGACAGUUACUACAAAAGCUUCUGCUUCAACCUUCAUUUUCAUUUCUUGUGUCAAGUAGAACAAA